AUGAGCGGCAAAUCCCAGAUUCGCCUCGACGGCAAGGUCGCCCUGAUCACCGGCGCCGGUCGUGGCCUUGGUUCUGGUUUGGCCAAAACCCUGGCGGAGCGUGGUGCUGCUGUCUGCAUCAACUAUGCCAGCUCCGCCAAGCCAGCUCUGGCCACCGUGGCCGAGAUCGAGAAGGCCGGCGGCAAGGCUGUUGCCAUCCAGGCCAACAUCUCCAAGGUCCCGGAGAUCACCAAGCUCUUCGAGGAGGCCAUCAAGCACUUUGGCAAGCUGGAUAUUGUCAUCAACAACGCUGGCAUGGAAGCCUUCUCCAAGCCAGAGGACGUCACUGAGGAGCUGUACGACCAAGUGUUUGGUCUCAACACUCGUGCUCAGUUCUUCGUCGGCCAACAUGCUCUGAAAUACCUCAGCGACGGCGGCCGCAUCAUCUUCAUGUCGUCCAUUGCUGCCCGUCUGGGUGUUCCCAACCACGCCCUGUAUGCUGGGUCCAAAUCUGCCGUCGAAGGCUUUGCCCGCUCUUUCGCUGCCGACGGUGGUCCCCGACGCAUCACCGCCAAUGCGAUCGCCCCUGGCGGAAUCAAGACCGACAUGUUCGCUCAGAACGCCUGGCAUUAUUCCCCCGGUGCCACCAAGGAUACCCCCAUCGAGGUGAUCGAGGCCGGCAUUGCCAAACUCAUCCCUCUUGGCCGAUGCGCUGUUCCCGAUGACAUUGCCAAGGUUGUCAUGUUCCUGUGCCACCCUGACAGCGAAUGGAUCAACGGUGAGUCUUGCCCCCACAAUCUGCUGUGGUGGUUUUUUGAUCGCGAAACUAACGGACAACCUCUUUUCAACGUCUAG